AUGGGCGCCGAGCUCUCCAACAUUAAACUCACUGCCGAAGAAGAGGCAGAUUGCAAGAGAAAAGGCCCCGAAGAAGGCUCUGAACGGACGACUGAUCUUUCGACCACGAACGAGCUCUUGCCUAUUCCAGCCGACAAUUUCGACGCAUUCAUCGACUUCCUCACGCGCACUCUCCCUAGGGGCAGUCGUUUGGGGUACCGCAUCUCGCCCGAGCAAGAGACCAAGCUUUCAUCGACGCUUACGACGGCCCUCAUCGUUGAGCGCUUCAACAACUUCCAAUCCCACAGCGCAGCAUCAGUGACAACGGCAGCGACAGCACCGGACACCGCAGUCUCCACUCAUGGCACCACGCCGUCGUGCGAAGCUUCCUCGGAUGACACAUCGGGGAUUGAAGAGGAGGAAUCGCUGGUUCCAAAAGGUGUGGAGAAGAGCAUGAACACUGGAAAACUCCAGGUGAACUCGGACAAGGGAUUUACAGCGCAGGAGCUGGACUCACGAACACCUCUCACACAAGAACGCGGUACGAAGCGCAAAGCUGCUUCGGAGGGUGGUUUGAAGGAUCUGGACGACUACAAGAGCGCACCUGACAAGAUGGCUCGUCAUGUCGGUCAGGACUCCAACUCCGUGUUGAUCGAUGCCAUUUCCAACGUAUCAGCUGAGCCGGAGGCGGGCACACGGUGA